AUGUUCACCCUCCCACUGCUGGUUUUCUUCCUAGCGAGUGUCAUCGACGGACAAGGGCCACAGAAGACACCUCUACCAGGAAGCAUGAGACUAGUGUUCGAGGAGUUCAACCGGCAGUAUAAGCCACUAUUGGAAUGGAGUGACUAUUUGGCGACGAAAGCGCUCCUAGAAUCAGAAGUGACACAAAGUGUGAAAGGAAGCUUGAAGGUCAAAGCGACUAGAUUAAAAAUCUUCAAGAUGGUUCUCGAUACGGAUGCAAUGGCACUUCCUACUCACAAAGAGAGGGAUACACAACCCUAA